CUUGAAAGAGGGGAAGCCUUUUUCUUUGAUUCCAUGGCUGAUGGGUCGUUAGAGAAUUUGCAUACCAAAGGCUCCUUGUCUGUCGCAUAUAGGACUUUAAUGAACAUGGACAAAGGAUCUCGGAAAACGAAGCUAACGUGGAAGGUGGUUAAGUGUCCUCGUUCUCAACAAGUUGGGCUAGUUGAGUCCGGCUAUUAUGUCUUGAAGUAUAUGGAUCAAAUAGUAUCUCUUGUAUUGAAAAAGGAACGUGAUUUUCAAAAGGUAAUUAACGUAUCAAAUUUUUUAACUUUAAAUUUGCACUUGCUUAAUUGUUUGAGUGUACUUGCGUCGAUUCUAAUAUAUCUAUGCAUUUGGUUUUGUUUAUGUAGCAUUUCACUCUGGAGGCAUAUACUCAAGAAAUUAUCGAUGAUGUUCGUGAAAGAUGGUGUAGAUUUUUCAUUGAUAAUUUUUUAUAGUUAAUUAAUUUCAGUUUGACACUUAGUUGACAUAAACUUCUCAAAUUCGU